AUGGCUCAGGUGAUGCAGCGCGCCUUCCUGGGCGCCACGGUGGCCGCCCCCAAGCGCGCCCAGGCCAAGCGCGCCGUGUGCCGCGCGGAGGAGGAGAAGGCGGAGGCCGCGCCCCCGGCGAAGGUCGACCGCUCGAAGGACACGCUGUACUUCGCUUCGGAGCAGUCCCUGUCGUACCUCGACGGCACCCUGCCGGGCGACUUCGGUUUCGACCCCCUCGGCAUGUCCGACCCCGAGGGCGCGGGCGGCUUCGUGACCCCCGAGUGGCUGGCGUACUCCGAGGUCAUCCACGGCCGCUGGGCCAUGCUCGGCGCCGCGGGCUGCAUCGCCCCCGAGAUCCUCGGCAAGGCCGGCGUGAUCCCCGCGGAGACGGGCAUCAAGUGGUUCGAGUCGGGCGUCAUUCCCCCGGCGGGCACCUACGACGACUACUGGGGCUCCCCGCUCGCCAUCUUCUGGAUCGAGGUCGUCCUCAUGCAGUUCGCUGAGCUCAAGAGGUGGCAGGACUACCGCAACCCGGGCUCGCAGGGCAAGCAGUUCUUCCUGGGCCUGGAGAAGGGCUUCAACGGGUCGGGCAACCCGGCCUACCCGGGCGGUCCGUUCUUCAACUUCAUGGGCAUGGGCAAGGACGAGAAGGCCAUGCAGACGAUGAAGCUGAAGGAGAUCAAGAACGGCCGCCUGGCCAUGCUCGCCAUGUUUGGCUUUGGCGCGCAGGCCAUCCUCACGGGCAAGGGUCCGUUCGAGAACCUCCUCGACCACCUCGCCUCGCCGACCACCGCCAACAUCCUGUCCAACUUCGGCACGCCCUUCGGCGCGUAA